UCAGAUGGUGCCUGUGUGUUUAUGUGACCUGGUGUAAAGCAUAUGUAAGUGAGAGCGAGUGUUCGUGUGUGUGUGUGUGUGUGUGUGUGUGUGUAUGGUUUUGCCCAUGCCACUGGAAAUGCUGGGGUGUCCAGCAAGGUUAUUUUUGGAUCAGUGACAGCGUGUCAAUGGCUGCAGAUGCGUCGCAAAGGAAGGCUCUGAGAUACCAACAGACCCUGCUGUACGGUGAGUACAGGGAGCAACUGGGGAACUUUGCCAGACGGGAGGCUGCACGCUUACUUACAGAGAGACAAUGGAGGAGACAUACAGGGGACAACACAACAGCCACUGGCCGCAAAGGGCACGGCCGGCGGCAUCACCAUCACCCCACGACCCUGGAGUCGCAUCACAGUCAUGCCUCUUCCACCAAGAAGCCACGACCCUACUCCAAAUGCCAAGAUUGUUUGGCUCGUGUACGCCGGUACAUAGUGACCAAGAUGGGGGAGGACUGGAUUUUCCUGGUUCUUCUUGGGCUUACAAUGGCUCUGGUCAGCUGGAGCAUGGACUAUGCUAGUGCCAAGAGUCUGCAAGCUUAUAAGUGGAUGCAUGGAGAGCUUAAGGGCAACGUGCCGCUCCAGUACCUCGCCUGGGUUACUUAUCCCAUGAUCCUUGUCAUGUUUGCAUCGCUCUUCUGUCACUUGGUUUCCCCACAGGCCAUUGGCUCUGGUAUUCCUGAGCUGAAAACUAUCUUAAGAGGUGUAGUGCUGAAGGAGUAUCUGACCCUCAAAGCCUUUGUGGCUAAAGUCAUCGGCCUCACUGCUGGCCUGGGGAGUGGGAUGCCAGUGGGUAAGGAGGGUCCCUUUGUCCACAUCGCCAGCAUCUGUGCUGCAGUGCUGAGUCGAUUCAUGUCCAUCUUCUCAGGAGUUUAUGAGAACCCUUAUGGUUACACAGAUAUUCUGACUGUUGGCUGUGCCGUGGGAGUGGGAUGCUGUUUCGGCACUCCACUAGGAGGGGUGUUGUUCAGUAUUGAGGUCACGUCUACCUACUUUGCGGUGAGGAAUUACUGGCGGGGAUAUUUUGCCGCCACAUUCAGCGCCUUCAUAUUCAGGGUGCUCUCAGUUUGGAACAAGGAUGCUGUCACAAUCACAGCUCUCUUCAAAACUAACUUCCGGAUGGAUUUCCCCUUCGAUCUGCAGGAGCUUCCUGCCUUUGCAAUUAUAGGGAUCUCAUGUGGCUUCCUGGGUGCGUUCUUCGUCUACCUGAACAGACAGGUGGUUCUUUUCAUGAGAAGACCAACGGCGCUCACUCGCUUCCUAACCAAACAUCGACUGAUCUAUCCUGGUGCAGUAACACUGAUCAUCGCCACCUUCACAUUUCCUCCAGGUUUUGGGCAGUUUAUGGCUGGAGAGCUCAUGCCCAGGGAGUGCAUCAACUCCCUGUUUGAUAAUUUCACCUGGACCAAAAUCUCAGGUUCCCCUCUUCCCCCCGGCCUGGGUCGCUCAUCUGCAUGGCUGCAUCCCCGUGUCAGCAUCUUCAUCAUCCUUCUCCUCUUCUUCAUCAUGAAGUUCUGGAUGUCAGCAGUUUCCACCACGAUGCCCAUCCCUUCGGGGGCUUUUAUGCCAGUGUUCAUAUUAGGAGCCGCGUUUGGUCGCCUUGUAGGAGAGAUCAUGGCUACCCUUUUCCCAAAUGGAAUCCUAUUUGAUGGGAUAGUCUACCGCAUACUGCCAGGAGGCUACGCUGUCAUUGGUGCUGCAGCAAUGACGGGAGCUGUCACACACACAGUCUCUACAGCAGUAAUCUGCUUUGAGUUAACCGGCCAGAUCUCCCACAUCUUACCCAUGAUGGUGGCGGUCAUCCUGGCAAACAUGGUGGCUCAAGGUCUGCAGCCGUCUCUUUACGACUCCAUCAUCCAGGUGAAGAAGCUGCCCUACCUGCCUGAGCUGGCCCUCGGGCACAUCAGCAAGUAUAACAUCUUUGUGGAAGACAUCAUGGUGCGCAAGGUGAAGUUCCUGUCUUCUCAGUCCAGCUUUCGAGAACUGAACCAUCUGUUAGAAACAACAACCCUGAAAACAAUCCCACUGGUCGACUCUAAAGAUUCCAUGAUUCUCCUCGGUUCCAUCGAGAGAACAGAGCUUCAAGCCAUCUUUGACUGGUGGCUCUCACCAGAAAGACGAGUCUUUGAAAGAGGUCAGAAUUCACCGGGCCAGGGCUCCAAAGUCAGCUGGGAGUCCUUCACUUUUGUAGAUGAGGAGGGUGGAGAGGAGAGUGCAGACAAGACUGCUCCAGUGCAGGAAGAAUGUAAUGGACCCAUCCCAUCUCCAAAACCUCAGGAGCCCUCCACCAAUCACACAGGCUCGGACAAGCGUAAGCUGCCAUCAGUCAGGAGGACGCUUCAGAGGCUCUUCUCCUCCUCGUCUUCGUCAGGCCAGACUGAAACUCAGGAGACUGCACCCCCUCCAGUAACUGAUACCAUGUCCCCAGAGGAGAUCAAAGCCUGGGAAGAGGCAGAGCUUGAUAAACCGGUUGAUAUGGAGCAGAUCCGCAUAGAUCCCUCCCCGUUUCAGCUGGUGGAGAGAACAUCUCUACACAAGACCCACACACUGUUCUCUUUGCUGGGUCUCAGUCACGCAUAUGUCACCAGUAUUGGAAAGCUGGUGGGUGUUGUGGCGCUGAAAGAGUUACAAAAGGCCAUAGAGGGCUCCACUCGCAGCGGGGUGAGGUUACGUCCACCUCUGGCCAGUUUUAGAGACGCCAGCAGGAAAGCCAAGAAGCACCAGCCUCCCUCAUCCACCCCUUCCUCCCCCACCCGGGACAGAGACCUAUGGGGGGAAGGGAGCAGAAGGGAGGGGGAGUUGGGGAGGAAGGAGUCCAAGGAGGAUUUCCAAAGGAAAUCUUCCAGAGCAGGUCCCGGGGGUGACACCGCUCCCUCCUCCCCCAGCAGUGUGGGGAGUGCCAGUGGCUCUUCCUCCAACACAAGAGGGGCUGAUGUUACUCCACAAGAGCCGGCAUCCCCUUCUACCUCCUCCCCUACCUCCCCUUCACCUCCUGCCUCUCCAGUGUCACCCACCAGUCCAGUGCUCACUCUGUCCUCCCUGCAAGAGGAGCGGGAGAGUGAGGAGUCAGACGAGCCCAUAUAG